GUCCCAGACACGUUGGAACAUGACAUGGGGGCGGGCUCACCAUAGCACCCCCCAAAUAAGCUUCAAUUCUGUUUCCCAAUAGAGAGCUGGGUCCCGCCUACUCAACAUUUAACUUUCGACGCCUCGCAAACCAGCAAUUGAGAUACAACCUGCAAGAAAUCGAGUCAUGAGGGCUCCGCGCGGCUCAGCGCAAUUGAUCGUCACCGAAAAUGAACAAAUUUAUAAACAACAUUGGAAGUGUUUGACCACCCACGGUUUCAGAAGGGUGCCUUCAACUUUGGCAGCCUUCUUCUCCGCCGAUGCGCCGCCACAGCAUAUCGUAUCGCUGAUGCUAACUUUCGUUGAACUGCGCUGGCGCUUAAUUUUGAGUUGCGCUGGAUAUUUUCCUCCAGCGCACCGCUGUUCCAGGAUUCGCUUCAAUACGUUUGUGAGCGCUAAAUCGCGGCCCCAGACGGAUCGAACUGAGAGGAGGAAGCUGAGCGUCCAUAUCCUUGCUCUUCUGAGUUCUGGCUCGAUCCGGCAUGAGCGCUAUUGCUGUCCAUCUGAUCGUAUCUCCCAUUUGUCGGCUGGGCUUUUCCUUAUUUUUCCACAUAACUCCCCUCAUCGGUCAGAAUAUAUUUAUUCUGCAAAUCCCAGGCUCGGCACGAGCAGCUACCAUUCGAAGUUUGUGAGAUCGCCCCAAAUGAUCACGCCGCUUGACGGUGGGAGGUCGUUAUGACUGAAUGGCCUUGCCUCAUUUUGUUUACGAAUGAGCGGCAUUGCACUGCGCCGUUACCUACCGAAAGAGGUCCCCGAUUCAUGGCCCACACUCUCCUAUGACAGUAUGACCGUCACUAAUUAGCCACUGACGCAUUUGAGGACGUGCGCGCAUCGUAAUUUCAUUAUACCCUCUGUAUUCCUGAAGUUGCUGCCCCGUGUUCAAGUUUGAGCUUCUAUGUAGCAUCCAUACCUGAACCAAUGCGUUCGGACUUCUGAUCCUGGUAGAGUUAAGCUUGGGUACAGUUCCGACUUCGUAGUAUG